AUGGAAAUGGAGGCGGAAGAAGACAGAAAACGCCAUUCUCAUUUAGCGAAAUUCGUGCAUGACAAAGCCGUUCUUGCUGCGAACAAGAAAGGCGCAAUAGCUGAAGCUAAGUCGAAGGCCAUCGAAAAAGCCAUAGAGGACGAAGAAGACGAGAAAAUCACGUUAGUCACUAUUCCAGGUUUUACCAAUCCGGUCAAUACGAAAAGACAGACACAAGCGUGGAUAAACACACAAGAAAAUCCACAGGAGACACUAAAAGCACUGGAUUGCGUCACAGGAAACACUAAUCCCUUUGAAGAAUGUUUUAAAGGAAAGGAUGAUAUCUCUCGCCAGCACAGCACUCCCCGAAUUAAGGAGGAACAUACACCAAAAACCUCACCCAAUAGGAACAUCUCAGGAUAUGGUCAAGCGAGGAAUACACCCCUCUACGAGCCCGGCUCAGGGAACCCCUUCACACUGACACCUGGGCCUGUAGGAGAACUUCUAACGAUCAUUCAAAAACUGGCUGCGAGCUUGGAACGGCAAAAUCUUCCAAAGUGCCACCCGGAGAUAUUCGCAGUAAAGGUGACCCUCUUCCACCCUUGGAAAAGCGCCUUUAGAGCUUUGAUCAAGGAUGCAAACGUGUAUUUUGAUGAAAUUUAUCACAAAUAUGUGUUUGCUUAUAGGAAAUAUCACGGCUGCGACUCAGCACUUCUUAGUCUAACUGAACAAUGGAAAAAAGAAAUUGAUAACAACAAAUUGAUCAGUCUGGUCUCUAUGGACUUUUCCAAGGCUUUUGACAACUUACAUCAUGAACUGAUUGUUCUGAAAUUAAAAGAAUAUGGAGCAGAUGAAGCAACUAUUCCAAAGAGUGAGAAUGGGGGAUACGCUUUCCAAUUGGCAACCUAUAUACAAUGGUGUACCACAGGGAUCCAUCCUCGGCCCUUUAUUAUUCAACAUCUUCAUGAACAAUCUUUCAUAUGUCAUCAAGAAGUGCACUCUGUCCACUUACGCUGAUGACACUCAAAUCUUUUACGCCGACAAUCAACUCUCCAAAGUUGAAAAAACAAUCAACAAUGAUCUUAUUAGUACUGAUAUAUGGUUUGCGCGUAAUGGUAUGAAGGAGAACAGUUCGAAAUACCAGGCUAUGGUGUUAGGAAAACACAAAGGAACUGAUGAACCAGUGUUUAAGUGUGAGGAGUCACAACUUCCCAUAUCCAACACAAUGGAACUUCUUGGCGUGACAAUCGAUGAUAAAUUAAAUUUUGAAAAGCACAUUGCUAAAAUAUGUAGAAAAGUCAGUCAACAAGUCGCCGUAGUAAAAAGGAUGCAGAAAAUGUUGUCUUUUGAGACUAGAAGAGAUCUUUAUAAAGCUUUCAUUUUACCACACUUUAAUUACUGCCCCGAAACGUGGCACUUCUGUAAUAAAAAGUCAGCUGACAAGUUAGAGUUGGUGAACAAACAUGCGCUCCGUUUUGUUUUUAGAGAUAAGUCCUCGCCUUAUGAGGAACUUUGUAAGCGUAUCGGUCUCUCAAGUCUUCGUGAACAGCGAUUAGCGAAAAUAUUGUCCACUGUCUUUAAGAUAUUAGCCAGUGAUACAGGUCCAAAAAGCUUACGUGAUCUUAUAACAGUAAGGUGCUCCACUUAUCACCUUAGGGGCACCACAACACUGGACCUCCCAAAAGUAAAAUCAACAACCUUCGGGUUAAGAUCAUGGAGAUAUGCUGCAUCGAAAUUAUGGAACGCUUUACCAGACGAGUCUCGAAAGAUACAAACAUUUACUACUUUUAAAAAUUACUUUAAAACGUUAGAUUUCACGGGACUCUAGCACGGUGAGGAUCUAUCCCUGAUUACAUUUACUGUUUUUAAUGAUUACAUUUUACUUGGUGACUACAUUGUUAAAUUCUUACAUUUUAAUAUUAGCUAGUUCUUAAUCUUAAUUUAUUUAAAUUUAUAUACCUUCACAAGGCUUUAUAAUUUCCUUUUCUCUUUUUAUUUUGUGGCGUACCUGUAAACUAGCUUUUAGCUAAGCAUUCUGACCACGUUAAAUAAAGUGAUUGAUUGAUUGAUUGUCACCAGAAAAGGAGAUUAACUACUUAAGAAGCUACACGAAAGGGGAUGUGCAGAAGGUUGUGAACAACUUCUGA